AUGUUGACGAUGGCUGAUGUCUCACGAGUGAAAGUCAGAGCUAAACUGGUGGUACUUAGCUGCUGUCACAGUGGAAGUGGAGAGAUAAGAGCCGAAGGAGUUAUAGGAAUUGCCCGUGCGUUCUUAGGAUCUGGUGCUCGCUCUGUAUUGGUUGCGCUGUGGGCCAUUCCAGACUCAGCAACAGAGAAGCUGAUGAGUCGGUUCUACGAACACCUCAUUGAAGGAGAAAGUGCCAGUGAAUCCCUUCAUCAGGCCAUGAAGUGGAUGAGAAAAAACGGCUUGAACAAAGUGUCUCUGUGGGCGUCGUUUACGCUGAUUGGAGAUGAUGUGAGACUCGAGUUUGACAAGCAGCGGCAAGACUCAGUGAGAACAGGUAUUUCAUAAAUUAAAGUUAAAUUAGAUGUGAAGAUGGCUAUGACUUAUUGGUCGUUGACUGGAUGGGGAUCCUUUGUUACCUUGAGCAUCAGGCUAGUUUAAUGUAUAUCUUUAUCUAUAUAUAUAUAUAUAUAGAUAGAUAAAGAUAUAUAUAUGUAUAUCUACACACUUUUUUUUUCCUUUUUGGUGAGUUACUAUCUUCGCUCUCUGGUGUAAAAUAUAGAAUCUCACAGGUGCCUCUCUACCAAUGAGAUACAAGUAAUAGCCACUUAUUUUUACAUAUUGUGCUUGGUAUAAUGGUAUUUGCUUUAUAUCCAAAAUAUUAAUUGAGGUAAUAAUAAAUUGGGUUGUUUAAAAUUUUUUCUUACAGGAAGAAAGACCCCGACAGAGUAAAUAAUGACAAGAACUCGAAGGGAACAGAGUUAAAAGACUUUUAGAUGGAUAAAUUAAAUAGAAAAAAGAAGAGAAAAUACUCUAUCCAGUUUUUCCUUGACAUUAAAAAAACAGCUAUCCCAGGUUACGGGAGAUUUAUUCCAAUUUUUUGUGCUUUCUUUUCCAAUAUUCUCAGGAGGAGUUGCUGUUUAUGUACUCAAUAAUUUUUUGUUUUUCACGCAAAAAUUAUAUUCUGAUAUAAUAAGCACGAAACAAUGUUGACCUACGUCAGGCUUUUGAGUAAAACGAAUUCAGUAAAGUUAA